UGUGAUUACUUGAAAAGUUAAGUUUUCUUUAAUUCCAAUAUAGUUUAUGGUAUUUUAAUACAAAUGAAUAAUGCUGUUAUUAAUUAGUUAGUACUUUUAAUGUAUAUACGCUUAUUAUAUUUAAACUAUUGUGAGAUAAAAAUGUAUAAAUAUAUUUUUUAAAAGUUUGUUGAUGAAUUACGUUAAAAUUAUGAAAGAUUUACUAAAUAUGAAUGCAGAUGAUACAUAUGAAGAUAAAAUGUUUUGUUGGGGUAGUACUAUACACGGGGAAUUAGGACUUGGGGGAAUUGAAGAAGAACAAAUUCUGGUUCCUAGAAAAUUACCAUGGGCAGAUUCGGAGAAUGUUAUGUUUGCAGCAUGUGGAGAAACACAUUCAUUGUUAGUUACUGUGGCGGGGAAAGUAUACUCGUGCGGGAACAAUGAUUUUGGACAGUUGGGUCAUGAACAAUCCAGAAAAAGGCCACGUAUGUCCAUGUUUAAAUUGGUAGCAGGUCUUGAUGCCUAUGUAAUUAAGUCUGCAGCAUGUGGAGCUGUUCAUUCUAUGGCGAUUAAUGAAUGGGGCCAAAUAUUUUCAUGGGGUUCUGAUUUAUACGGACAGUUAGGUCAUGGAAAAGUCGCUGAUAUCCAAUCAACACCAAAAAUUAUUCGAGCCUUAGCAACUUUAAAUGUUGUACAAAUUAAAUGUGGUUUACGACAUUCUUUAGCCUUAACAAACAGUGGUGAAUUAUACACUUGGGGAGCCAACGAUUAUGGUCAAUUAGGAAUUGGAAGAACUUCGGCAUUUGAAAAAGAACCACAAUUAAUUAAAAGUUUAGCAGGAAUUCCAAUGGCAUUCAUAGCAUGUGGUGGUAAUCACAGUUUUGCAGUAUCACGAUCUGGUGCUGUUUUUGGUUGGGGUAGAAAUUCAUUUGGACAGUUAGGUAUCAAUGAUGAGAUUGAUAAAGCUUAUCCAGUUCAAUUGAAAACCUUACGUAAUAUAAAAGUGCGCCAUAUAUGCUGUGGCGAAGAUUUCUCAGUGUUCUUAACAUUAGAUGGUGGUGUGUUUACAUGUGGCGGUAAUCAAUUUGGACAGUUGGGUCAUGGGGGUACCUCAAAUGAAAUAUUACCUCGAAAAGUUGUAGAGUUAAUGGGAAGCACAAUUACUCAAGUAUGUUCGGGUAGACGACAUACAUUAGCGUUAGUACCAUCGCGAGGGCGUAUAUAUAGCUUUGGUGUUGGAGGUGCCGGACAGUUAGGCACACGACAAAAUCAAAACUAUGCAACACCACAAUUGGUAUUGGGUCCAUGGGUUAAUCCUAGUAAUAUGUCCGUAGUGAAAUCAUCAGAAGCAUUUAUUGUACGUAGUAUUUUUGCUGGUGGAGAUCAUUGUUUUGUAACGGUUACACAUCCAAAAUCCGGCAUAGCUCCAAAUGAUUAUCGUAUGUUUGAGCCGCAUACACAAAUUUUAAAUAUUACGUUUGAUAAGCUGAAACAAUGUGAAAAUUUAUCAGUUGAAGCUACUGUUGAUCAAGAUUUAUUGAGCUACCUAGAGAUCACAUUUCGUAGUUUAGCAUGUAUUAAUGCUUCGUUUAUGUUGGCGAAUGAAGAACAUUAUUGUUGCACAUCAAAGCGUCAUGGUGUUAAUCUAAAAGCUGCCGAAGAUGGUUUUGCUAUUAUUGCUCGUUUAGAAAAUAAUAGUGUCAAAGAUUUGAUAUGGAAUUGUAUAAGUGGAGAUUUAUUAGAUACAUUGGUACCUUCGCCACCAGAUGUGGAAGCGUUACGAGUUUACCUUAUUCUACCUCUAUAUCAUGAAUUUAUUAAUCCAAAGCAUCAUAAUGUUUUACAUCGACGCUUCGCCCAAUCAUUGUUAUCAUUAACCCCACAAGCGAAGCGUGUUGUUGGUUUGUGGUGGAGCUCAACAUCGAAUGAUUAUUUUGAGCGCCUUGUUGAAAUAUUCAAAGGAGUGGUUUUAUAUAUUUUACGUCAUCAAAAUAUUCCUAAAAAUCGAACAAUAAAUUACGACACGAGUCUGCAGGCUGUUUUAAAUGUAUUAGCAUGUUUAAAUAAAUUAAAUCAUAGUUUAGAUGGGUUAAAGGUUCCAUACACAAUUUUUCACUUGCCAGAAAUCGCUGAUUUUGUGGAUGUGCGAGUCGAUUAUUUAAAUUGGUUAGCUGAUACACAUAAUCAGAAUUUGUAUUUAUGUAACUAUCCGUUUUUAUUUGAUGCCCAAGCAAAAACUCAACUACUUCAAACUGAUCAAUCGUUGCAAAUGCAAUCAGCCAUGAAUGAAGCUGCGACACGAGCAUUUACAACUAUGUUAUUUGCGCCACAAUAUAUGGGAAAUAUUACUCAAUUUUUAAUUUUAAAUGUAUCACGAGAAAAUAUAGUCACUGACACGCUGCAUGAACUUGCAAAAUAUGACUCGCAUGAUUUGAAAAAACCUCUUAAAGUUAAAUUUCAUGAUGAAGAAGCAUUAGAUGCAGGUGGAGUACGAAAGGAAUUUUUCAUGCUAUUAUUACGUGAAAUAUUAGAUCCAAAAUAUGGUAUGUUCAAACAAUACGAAGAAAGUCGUCAAAUAUGGUUCUCAGAAGACUCAUUUGAAGAUGACGUUAUGUAUCAUUUGAUUGGUGUAUUAUGUGGCCUAGCUAUUUAUAAUUUUACAAUUAUUGAUUUACCAUUUCCAUUAGCUUUGUAUAAAAAAAUAUUACAAGAGCCUGUGGGCUUAGCUGAUUUAAAAGCUUUGUCACCAACUUUAGGAAAUUCAUUACAAUCAAUUUUAGAUUACGAAGAAUCUGAUUUAGCUGAUGUUUUCAAUUUGAAUUUUGAAAUAUCACGCGAUGUUUAUGGUGAAAUGCGAACUGUGGAAUUGAAACCUGGUGGAGAACAAAUUCCUCUUACGUUAGAGAAUAAGAAAGAAUUUGUUGAUUUAUAUGUUGAUUUUGUGUUAAAUAAAUCAUGCCAUCAACAUUUCACUCAUUUCUAUCAAGGUUUUAUGAAAGUUUGCGGUGGACGUGUUCUUCAACUAUUUCAUUCACAUGAAUUAAUGUCAGUGGUCGUUGGAAACGAAGAUUAUGAUUGGGAUGCAUUGGAAGAAAAUGCACAGUAUAAAGACGGCUAUACGGCGUCCGAUCAACCAAUUAAAUGGUUUUGGGAAGUUCUACGAGAGCUUUCUUUGGAGGAAAAGAAAAAGUUUUUAUUAUUUUUAACGGGAUGUGAUCGUAUUCCCAUUCAAGGAAUGAAAGCUAUUAAGAUUGUAAUUCAACCGACAGCCGAUGAUCGUUUCCUUCCUGUAGCUCAUACGUGUUUCAAUUUGUUGGAUCUCCCCCGAUAUCAAACAAAAGAAAGGCUCCGUUAUAAAUUGUUACAAGCAAUUCAACAAACUGAAGGAUUCUCUCUAGUUUAAAAAAAAAUAAAAUAAAAA